AUGAAUCUAUGAUAUCUGGCUGGGGUAUUAUGAUGCCAGCACUCAUUCCUGCCCAUCAUCAACUUGACGAUCUGUUCAGGUCCCUUCCAACUCUAGAAAUUAUGCUGAUCAGCACCAGGGGUCCCACAGUGGUCUAAACCUGCAUUAUCUGUCCCUACAGUUGUAGGAGUACAUGCAGUCCAUAUAAUCUCCUUAGCAGGCCCACUACUGCUUUCCUAGUGCCACAAGCCACUAAAGCGCCCUCCACUGUGCCUCAUGCCCCAUGUCUGCCUUCACUUACCAAAGUGUGGGUUGUCUUAACAUCAACAGCUGACAGCGUUGUUGUUCUGGGUAGGCUCCACUCCUUGUCCCCCGUCACAGUGAAUAGGACAGGGGGUAGUUGAAUGAGUUGGCAAGCUAACACUUCUGCCUAGGGGUGCAGGAAGGAUUUCUACUGUGACACAGAAAGAACUCGCAGAGUGAGUUAAUGCAGUGCCAAGAGUCAUGCUGUAUUCCUCUCAGAGGUCCCGAGAGAGAGCUCGCACAGGCAGUGGCACAGGCACGGCUCUGCAAUACGGACAUACCACCCAGGCUAGGCUAAUGUGGGGGCUCAGCCCUAGAUGACCGUUGUCAGGCUAACUGCAGUGAAGACACACCCUUCAAGGUUGCAAAAGGCUCGGGUCCAAUCCCCUGGCAGUCAGCUUUGCCUGUUGUCAGCCUCCUUAACUUCCCAUCUCUUUCCUGCCAUGCUUUUGAUGUGAAAAUGAUGAACUUGGGGGGCUACCUGUAGAGGUUGGAGUAACUCCUUUGGUGCCUUCCCUGUCCUCACGGUCUCUCAAGGCUCCGACCCCUCUGGCACAGUCUCUUGGGGCUCCACUGCCUAGUUCCUCUGGCCCUAAACAUGGCUUUCUGAUCCUAAUCGUGCCUUACAGGCUCUAAUUGUGACCUCCAGCUUCUUCCAUAGCCAUACCUAUGCCUCAUGGGUAUUGCUCUGGUUUCAGCCACUGGGACCCCCCCCCCAACCCUGUCUUGAUCUCAGCUCAUCCAGCCCGUGGCCUUUGUAGGGCUGUUCCUCCACAUCUCCAUCCUUUGCAGGACUCAAAGCAUAGAGCAUCUUCCCAAAAUAACAUUCUCUCCCCACCUCCUGCCACUGCCAUGGCCUCCAACUCCUCCUUAUAGGCACUCCUGGUCCUCUGGUCAGAGACAGAAACUAUAACACAAGCCCUACUCUGGAUCACUAUCCACAGCCAACCAUAUUCCCCUCUUAGCCAUCUCCUCCCAGCUCUCUAGGGUACCUGCGGGUCUGUUUCCUACAGCCCACUUCCCCCACUUUCCAUCCAAUUAUUACAUUUUAGCCCCUCCUUCUUUCCAGACCUUCCUCAGUGGCUACAGGUAGUGACAAGUACUCUGGUUGUGUUAACAGAAGCCUUCCACCAAAGCCAUCAUUGCUGUAUGAAUCGGGCAAUAUUAGGCCAUCUGCUCACACACGUGUGCAUGUGUAGAUGCAUGGACCAUUUAGGAGGUGCUUCACCCAUAAACCUGAUGUUGCCUUGGAGAAAAAAAUGUUGCAGUGCUUUUACAUAAUCCAGCACUUAAUGUUGCCUCUGGGGAGGCAAGCAACCCACGCUUCCCCCACCCACACACAGACUUGUCAAUUAGCAACCACUGUUUGCUGAGUUAAAUACGAAAGCUCCUGAGCCUGCUCAUUCUAGGCAAAUGGACAGGAAAAUGUGUGGGGGAGGUGGAAUAGGGGGAAGAAAAAGUGUCCUCACUUUGUUUCCAGAUGAAAUGCAAAUUUCAGUACUGAGAUUUUUUCACAGCGGUGUAGAGAGUUUAGGCAUAUUUAUUAAAGGGAAUGCAAAAUGUCUCAACAUCCUUGGGUUGCCUUGAAAAUCUCAUACUUUAUGCUCUUCCACCCCCAACAUUAUUCUAGUAUCAAAGCUUCACGUCUCCAGAGACUCAUGUACACUUGUCAUUCAUUGAAACUUCUGGUUCAAUAUAAUACAUGGAAGAAACCCAGUCUCCUCUCUGGGGAUGCAUUUGGAAGCCUGGAGUUCUUUCUCUGAAAGCGUCCUCUCCCACCCGCUCCUACCAGUCUGGACAAAACAACGUGGCCACCGGGGUGGAAUACAAUUCAGUGGCCGCGUCUACACGAGACGCUGACUGCCCAGUGGCUUGUUACUACUGCGCAGUAGUGUUGCAUGGCAGGAAGCGCGAUGCAAUGCUACUGCGUAGUAGUGACAAACUACUACAUAAGCCAGCAUCACCUAAAAGCCAUUCGGCGAUGCUUAUGUGCAGUAACUCCAGUUAUGCGCAGUCAUUUGUACAAGUACUAAAUGACUGCAUAGUAACGACUGCGUGGUCAGCAUCUCGUGUAGACACGGCCAGCCUGUGUUAGCUUUGCUGUAAGGAGAGGUAGGGGAGCAGUGUUUGGUGACUCUGCAUAAGGGGAAAUUACGCAAGGACAUUGAAUGAGGCAUUUCAUUUGGAUUGUUAUAGCUAGUGUAUGCUGCUUGCCAGACCUUAAUAAUGCUCCUCUGCACAGCAGCAUUAGCCCGUGGCAUUUGGGAAGCUAUAGAAUAGCAGAGCUGAAAAAAGAACCGAUUCACAACACAGAUAGUCUGCAGAAUGCCCUCACUAGACCCGUGUAAAAACACUCCUUUGAAAAUGUCAUCCAGAAACAGCUCGAUGAUACUUUGGAAAGCUCCUUCUGAAACCUUUUGGCGGAAAUCUGGCUUGCAGACUGUUAGGAGCAAGCGUUUGGGUCUAUCCUGAAAAGGGAGAGAGAGAGAGACCCGGUUUAGUGGGCUGAGAGCCAGGACGUCCUGAGCCCAGCCCUGCACUGUCCCUGCUUCGCUGUGUAGCCUUGAGCCAUAACUGUUGAGCCCGUCCCAGGUGUCACUGUUUGGGAAUGGUUUGCAAUUGGGUGUCAAGUGCUGUGUUUCCGACACUAGGGGAUAACAGUGGAUAAAUGUGAGGGAGGAGUGUUUGACCCCAUGCUUUGGAGGUCUGGGGUGGAGGGGGUGACCUGUCACUUUUCUGCUUUCCCUUCUCUCCUAAACAUGAGUUCAGUAAUCUCCAGGAGCCUCAAAUGACCGAAGUCUGUAGUGUGUGCUUGACUUGAGUGGGGGCAGUGCUUGGACCCAUGCUUUUGGGCUCCCAGGGGCUGGGGGAGGGGGAACGUGAUAAGGGGACACAGUCAGGGAGGGAGUGCGAACAUGGCUGGUUCUUCGAAAGCUUUUACUGAACAAGUAGUGCAAUAGAGCUCUUUGCUAAAAAAUGCCAACAAAAGGAAAAAGAGUGGUGUUAGCAUCCUGGCUGCAUGCCCACUUGGCCAAUUGCAGCAGUGGGAGGGUGGAGGUGAGGAGUGAUGCAGUGUGGGAUGCCUGGAGGACCAAGCAGACCUGUGUCUUCGAAUAGUUGGUAUCCACCUGUAACAACUAGUUCAUGGGGAACCAGUUCAAACAGUACUUGAUUUUUCCAAUGACACUUCUGAAACAUUCCAGGUAAAUUAAACCAGUUAACAGGAUUAUAUGUCUGUCUGCUUCAGGUUUAAACUGCUCCAAGUGUUAUGUGUGUCCAUGCCCUGAGUGUCCCCAGUGAUGAUGAGUUCCUCCGUUGGGCUGGUUAGACCACUGCCCUCUGCUCCUUGACAUCCCGUGUACGGCUAUAGGAACCUGCCAUUGGAAGGGGCCUCAUGGGUCAUCUAGUCCAACCCUCAGCACAAAUGCAGAAUCCACCUCUGCUGUGGUGCCCCGGGGCACUGCCAGUUGCAGACGGCCUAACAGAGGGGCCCUUGGCACCGCUAAGUCUCUCUUGUGUUAGAAAGACAGUAAAAGCAUUAGCGACUUGGAGCAUUGUCAUGGUAUUGUCAGAGCUGGCAGAUGCAAUCGUGCUCUUACCUUCUUCCCUCUGUGUUUGGCACAUUUGUUUGCUUGUUGCCUGUUGUCUAAGGUAAAGCUGUGAAUCAUUCAGGGCAUAUGCUAUAUGUUAAUGCUGUGUCUAGGACAGCGGGUCCCUGUUGUGCUUGCAUCUGUGAGAGCUACUUCAGCACACACGAGAUCUGCUGGGAGACGGCUGGGACCCCUUGCUAGGCUGAAUGCGUGCAGCUGUUAUGUACAACACCAUAAAACAAUGACACUGGACAAUUGGUGCUAUUAGUGUCCAUUGUUCACCUUGUUUCCCCACCUCUGUUCUGUCUGAACAAGUCACAAAAAGGCUGUGGCCAAACAGGACAGAUUUCUAACACAGCAGGGCUUUAGCCCCCUGGACAAUGGCCUCUCGUGGGCAGAAGAAUUUCUUCUCUUUUUUUUUUUCCAAAACCAAAGCCAAGCCCUUCAAGCUGACAGGAAAACUUCCAGUGACUUAAGUGGUGCAGGAGCCAGCCCCGAGUCGCUGCGUUUCACGUUACGCGACUAAAGCUGUCGCAAGGAGCCUGAUCGGCAGCCGCUGGCUGCACAGCAGCAGAGAAAUCUGCUGCUAAAAAUCCCCCGGCCGCGCGGUCCCACUGCAGAGCCUCUGCAGGGUUCUGGCCGCUGUCACAUGGAGACGAAUAACAAAUCGCUUGGCUAAUAAACUGCUCCCUCCUCCGCUGUCUCUGAAGCCCUGACUGUUCCUCUCCUCCUCACCCCACUCUGCUGGGAGUUAUUAGAUUCCUGCCUGCCCCCGGGCUCCCACGUGGAAAGCCGUCAGCAUUGAUACUAGACGUGAAAAUUGUCGUGCUCCACCUACGCUUUGAGAUGUCUCGGUGGGUGACUGAAGGGGCUGAUGCUGUACAUUGUUACUUGAAGCAGAGCUGCCAAAACUCAUCCCCUCCAGGGGCCACCUUGGCAGGAAUCGUAGUACUGGAGACCACCCGCCACCGAAACCUUCAAAGAAAAAUGAGGUUCAGAAUGCGUUGCAUCUGUUGGAUGCUGUGACUAAGAUGACUUCAUAAAGCAGAGCAUCCCUGAUUGCUGCCUGAUCCAUGGCUCGUAAUUUCAGGAGCUGAUAGGUAGAAAACCCACAUUAAAAGAUGCCCAGUGAGACGCUUCAAAGCAGCAGUGAGAUGGAGGAAGCCGUGCAGAGAGAGAAGGGUGGAACACACAGCCCUCACCGAGGCUCCCUGCGGAGAGCCGUGGCUACCGCAGUCACCUUUGAUGGAGAGGCCACCAUGGACAGAAGGAAAAAGAAGAAGAAGGAGCCCCGCCCAGAGUCCAUAAUAGUUUAUCGCUCAGAGAACGAAAAUAAAGUGGAAGAAGAGCAGGCAGAUGAAGAAGGAGGCGAGAGGAGUUCAGAGGAGGGCUCCAAGUUCUUAGGAAAUCCCAUGGCAGAUGGUGUCUGGAGCAUGCCCUUAGACAGCCGAUAUGUCACCUUAACUGGAACCAUCACAAGGGGGAAAAAGAAGGGCCAAAUGGUGGACAUCCAUGUCACACUAACAGACAAAGAGCUGCAGGAACUGGCUAAGUCGAAGGAACCUCCCAAAGAUGAAACCCCUGAGGGGAAAAAGACUUGCAAUGUUGCGGUGGACAGAGGCCCCCAUGUCCUCCUUUGGAGCAUCGUCUGCCUUCCCGUCAUCUUUGUAGUGUCCUUUGUGAUUUCAUUUUACUAUGGGACCAUCACUUGGUACAACAUCUUCCUGGUAUACAAUGAAGAGAGGACCUUCUGGCACAAGAUCACCUUCUGCCCCUUUCUGAUCAUCUUCUACCCAAUUAUCAUCAUGGCUGUAUCAUUUUCCCUAGGCCUAUACACCGCGGUGACACAGAUUGCCUGGUCCUUUGGGGACUGGUGGCAUGCUGUGAGAGAUAUGGAGAAAGGGUUUUGUGGCUGGCUGUGUAGCAAACUGGGCCUUGAAGACUGCUCCCCAUACAGCAUAGUUGAGCUGCUAGAUUCUGACAAUAUCUCAGUGUCAUAAUGGUUUUUCCUUCUGCGGAGAUCCUUCUUGGCACGGAGUGGACUCUGAAACUGAGACUGAGGUUGUCAUCACAUCCUGGAAGAACUUAAGAAUGCUGACACAGGAAUUCCUCUCUGACUGUCAAGUUUUGGACUGGGAAGCCAACACGAGGAGAGCAGGCAGGAGGAGGUUUGAUGGAGUAUGUUGGGUUGACUUUCAGGGGGCCUGAAAAGGGAUUCAUUUUUCCAGCUCUCUGCACCUGUGAACCUUGUGAGUAAAGAAGGUGAGUAAAGCGUCCUGGAGUAAAGAGUCCAGUGCUUCAUCAUCCCCAAAGCAUGCACAUCAAAGGCUGCAGCACAGCAAGCAUCCUUCUCAGUGCCCCGUUCCUAACCAGGAAGGGCCUAUCAGUCACACGCAUGUGGACCGGUGAGACAGAGCCAGAGCACAGUCCAUUUGACAUUGUGGCCUUUCUGGGCACACGCACUUUGCCUCUCCCCUGUGCUGCAGGCUAGAUUAUCUGUUCCAGUGUUCAGGCUGCCAAAAGCAUGGUACUAAUACAGUAUGUUAAGUUGGGACCUGGGAUUUUCCCAGUGUAGGAACCUUAUUUAAAAACUGUGUGUGUGUGUGUGUGUGUGUGCGCGCGCACACACGCUUGGACUGUCUUCUCCACCUGCAAUUUGCUGGUUAGCACUGGUGAUGGGGUGGAUAGAUUGAAGGAAGCAUCUUGUUUGGGAUACAGCUGCACUGAAAGCUCAGCACUCACUCUAGCCUUACCUUUGUCCAGAGUCUGGUGUGCAGAGGGGUGAACAAAAGGCAGGCCAUUGGCUGCUGGGCACCCAGAGAAAGAGAUGACAAAAUCCUUGGGGCAAGGAGAUGAAAGGCUUUCCCCAGGCAGAACUCCUCAGCCUCCAUGAACAGCUUUCUCUGUGGGAAAACAUCUUUGCCACUUCUCCCUUCAGACUAAGUAGCUUUUCACUCCUGAAGCUGUUAAAGGCAACCUCUGUAGUUGUACCAAACGGUGGGAUUUUGACUUGAGCUUGUGUCUUGCGGGGUGAGGGGAGUAAGGAAAAAUGCAGCUGACUCCUUGGACUUCCUGUACAAAAAGUCACCGUUGUCUAAACCGUUCAGGAUGCACGUUGGGGUUUGUCUGCACGGUGCCAUGUAGAGAUGAUUGCGUUACCUCUGAGCACAGCAGUGGUAACUAGCUUGGGCAGAGUACCAUGGUAGUGUAGCUCCUGAUUCCCAGGUUAGCUCAUUCAGAGCUUGCUCAGCUGUCAUGGAAAGGUAUAGCAUUGCCAUGUCUUUACCUGACACCAAGAAAGCCAUUAAGCAUUUGGGAAGGUAAGCUUUAGAUGUCUGCGUUGCUGGUUUGCUUUGUUUUUAAAUCUUGGUGGAAAGUUCUGCUAUGGAAUGGAUGACUCACAAAUGUGAAGUACUUUUGCCUUCUCAACAGGGAAAGAAACUUUGAACUAAAGACCAUCUGAAGAAGCACAACUCCUUCCAGUGUGUUGCUUUUUGGCUUUAGCCUUUUGGCCAAGGCUCUCAAAACACUUGGGAUCCUUAUUUGCUGGAUCCUUGCAUCAUUGCUCACAAGUGGUAGAAAUAUGCCUGUUUCAUAGGAUGUGUCUACACAUUCAUUCAUGCACCAUAAUUACGGCACAUUAAGCUUAGUAGCUGUAAUAACAGGUGCUAACUUAACGCACCAUAAAUUGGUGCUACUGUGCAUUAGCGCAGAUCUUUUUAGGUAACACUUAAUGCCCAUUGCACUAAAAGUACUGCUCAUUAGUGCAGAUAAACACUUUUUGUGUGACACUUAAUGCUCAUUGGACUAAUCUACUGCACAUUAGCAUGGUUUUUGUCAGCUGUGCCCAUGCACGGUAGAAAUAGUCCAAUGGGCAUUAAGCAUCUCGUGUAGACACGCUCAUAGAUGGGGAAACUAGUACACAGCAAACGAGCAACUUGCUAGAGAUUACUGAAUGAAACACAAGUCUGGCUGCUUGAGCAUUGCCUAAUGCCCCAGUCUUAUUUUCACCUGGUGCUGAAAGGCAGUGAAUCAUCUCUUGGCAGGGGGAAUAACAUUUUGAGCUGAUAGCAGAUAAAUUGCUGUGAGUGGCAAAGAAAACAAGACUCGUAGCACUGAGGAUAGAUCAAGCAAAUGUGGAGCCUUCUGCAAAGCUGUUCUUUUGCAGUCCUGCUCAUAGGGACCUGACCUGAUGCCCUCUCCGCUCCUCCUCUUCCUUCAAUAGGAAACACAGGUUGUGAGGGGCUUCAGUUUGGCUGCCUGUGAACCGAUCCAA